UCGGGAGGGGAGCGGGAGGAGCGAGUUUCGGGGGAGGCGGGGGCGCGGCUGCUCUGGUGCGUCGGGUUACAGUCGCCCUGCUUGUUCGGGGGGUGACAUCCACGCGCGCCUCGCUGCGAGUAUCCGGACCGAGGCGCUGAUUCGGGGGAGGCAGAGACUCCGCCCAGGCCCGCGGAAACGGGUGCUUCUGCCCUCUCUCCCCUCGCGCGAGAGGAUCAAUCUAAGGCUAAGAAAUGGCAUUUCAAAAGGCAGUGAAAGGGACUAUUCUUGUUGGAGGAGGUGCUCUUGCAACUGUUCUAGGCCUUUCUCAGUUUGCUCAUUACAGAAGGAAGCAAGUGAACCUGGCCUUUGUUGAAGCAGCAGACUGCGUCUCAGAACCCGUUAACAGGGAGCCUCCUUCCAGAGAAGCUCAGAUACUGACUUUGAAGAACACGUCUGAAUUUGAUGUACUUGUCAUUGGAGGAGGAGCGACAGGAAGUGGCUGUGCCCUAGACGCAGUCACCAGAGGACUAAAAACAGCCCUUGUAGAAAGAGGUGAUUUCUCAUCAGGGGCCAGCAGCAGAAGCAGUAAAUUGAUCCACGGGGGGGUGAGAUACCUUCAGAAGGCUGUCAUGAAGUUGGACAUUGAGCAGUACAGGAUGGUAAAAGAAGCCCUUCAUGAGCGUGCCAACCUACUAGAAAUUGCUCCCCAUUUAUCAGCUCCGUUGCCUAUAAUGCUCCCAGUUUACAAGUGGUGGCAGUUACCUUACUACUGGGUAGGAAUCAAGCUGUAUGAUCUGGUUGCUGGAAGUAAUUGCCUGAAAAGCAGUUAUGUCCUCAGCAAAUCAAGAGCCCUUGAGCAUUUCCCAAUGCUCCAGAAGGAUAAACUGGUAGGAGCAAUUGUCUACUAUGAUGGACAACACAACGACGCACGGAUGAACCUUGCCAUUGCUCUCACUGCUGCCAGGUAUGGGGCUGCCACGGCCAAUUACAUGGAGGUCGUGAGCUUGCUCAAGAAGACAGACCCCCAGACAGGGAAAGAGUGCGUGAGCGGUGCGCGGUGCAAGGAUGUGCUCACAGGGGAGGAAUUUGAUGUAAGAGCCAAGUGUGUUAUCAAUGCCACGGGACCUUUCACAGACACCGUGCGCAAAAUGGAUGAUAAGGAUGCCGCAGCUAUCUGCCAGCCCAGUGCUGGCGUCCACAUCGUGAUGCCUGGUUAUUACAGCCCGGAGAGCAUGGGACUUCUUGACCCAGCGACCAGUGAUGGGCGAGUUAUUUUCUUCUUACCCUGGCAGAAGAUGACUAUCGCUGGCACCACCGACACUCCAACUGACGUCACACACCAUCCCAUUCCUUCCGAAGAAGACAUCAACUUCAUUUUGAAUGAAGUGCGUAACUACUUGAGUUGUGACGUUGAAGUAAGAAGAGGGGAUGUCCUGGCAGCGUGGAGCGGUAUUCGCCCCCUUGUUACAGAUCCCAAGGCUGCAGAUACACAGUCCAUCUCCCGAAAUCACGUCGUGGAUAUCAGUGAGAGCGGCCUCAUCACUAUAGCAGGUGGAAAGUGGACAACCUAUCGAUCUAUGGCAGAAGAUACCAUAAAUGCUGCAGUCAAGACCCACAAUUUGAAAGCAGGACCAAGUCGAACAGUUGGGCUUUUCCUUCAAGGGGGCAAAGAUUGGAGCCCUACACUCUACAUCAGGCUUGUCCAGGAUUAUGGACUUGAAAGUGAGGUGGCCCAGCAUCUUGCUGCCACCUAUGGUGACAAGGCUUUUGAGGUGGCCAAAAUGGCAAGUGUGACGGGAAAGCGGUGGCCCAUUGUUGGCGUGCGUCUUGUGUCAGAAUUUCCAUACAUUGAAGCAGAGGUGAAAUAUGGGAUUAAGGAGUAUGCCUGCACUGCAGUGGAUAUGGUUUCACGUCGUACUCGCCUGGCCUUUCUAAAUGUCCAGGCAGCAGAGGAGGCCCUACCCAGGAUUGUUGAACUGAUGGGCAGAGAACUGAGCUGGGGUGAUUCUAAAAAAAAGCAAGGAGAAUAAAGGGGAAGCAAGUGAAGAAAUGGAGUGACUAUGGACAAAGCAAGCUAAUAAGCACCAAAUAUCAAACAGAUGGAAGAUACGUACUCAACAAUGAAAGGGUAUCCAGGACUAAUAAGGAUGUGUAUGAACAGUGUCAGGAAUUGGCUGAGUGUUGGCAAAAAUGCUAAAAACAUCAAAGAUAACUGCUAAAAAUGGAAAAGAGGGGCUUCCCUGGUGGCGCAGUGGUUGAGAGUCCGCCUGCCGAUGCAGGGGACACGGGUUGGCGCCCCGGUCUGGGAGGAUCCCACAUGCCGUGGAGUGGCUGGGCCCGUGAGCCAUGGCCGCUGAGCCUGCGCGUCCGGAGCUUGUGCUUCGCAACGGGAGAGGCCACAACAGGGAGAGGCCCGUGUACCGCAAAAAAAAAAAAAAGGAAAAGAAUGCAAGUAAGGCCUAACCUAGGUCGUUGCUCAAGGUGAGUAGCAACAAAUCCUUGACUGCCGGAGAAGGGAGAGAACCUUUCAACUCAUAGUUUAAUACCAAUUUGUUUUUCUUUUUUUCCUUUUUGUCAAGGAGAAUGAUUUUCAUUGUGAGUAGAGCAAAAUAAAUAUUGGUAAGAGGAAAUAGACAUUCAAAUAGGAGGCUGCUCUAAAUGAGUUUGUAUGCCAACCCAGAAAUGUUAUACUUCAGGGUACUCAGAGAAUUUGCAGAUGGGACUUAUUUAACUACUGUUGAGUUUUAAAAUAUUAUGGCAAUAUGGCAAAUAGGAAGAGCACCAGAAGACAGAAGGUAGUGCAAAUGUAGUGCCGCAUUCCAAAAAGGGAGAAGGGGGGGAAAUAUAGUUCGUAACCUAUACAUUAGUGGUCUUGGCAUUGGUCUUGGGCAGUUUUCUAGGUUAUGACAUUUUAAGUUUGUUUUAUCAGCAUUUAGCAAGAAGUAGUGAUCACUGGAAGGGAGUAAGAAAUCAUUUCAGACAUAUUUUCUUUUCAGAAAGAGCAACAAGUUUGUUAGAUCGAGGAAAUGUUAUAGACAUAAUGUAUUCGGAUUCCAUGAAGCAUUUUAUGAAGCCCCGUGUGAUAUCUUCUAAAAUUGGUGGAUUUGUAACCAGUCAAAUGAUCACUGUCCUCAGAAGAGGUCUUUGAUAGCAGGCCAUGAGGAUUCUGUCUUUGGUCUUGACCUAGUCUACUGUGGUUCAAGUGCCUAGAUUACGACAUUGAUGGCAUGCAUCUUUGGUGUACCUGUAAGGAACUGGAGGGAGAGUGAAUGUUUGGUGACAACUUGAAGCAAUGGGUGAGAUUACAUUAGGUAUAAUUUAAUAGACAUAAAUGGCAAACCUUGCAUUAGGUAGAAAAACAACUCCAUCCAUUCAUGAUAGAUUUGACAAGACUUUAACAGUAGCACAUGCAAAAAAGAAAUAUGAUUUUCGUUAACUGUGAAUGCACAGCAGGUAACAGUGGAUCAUGGCUGCCCCCAAAUGCAAUUACAGUCUUAGGCUGCCUAAUAGAAAUCAUAUCUCUAGAUUGAUGAAGCUGAUAGUUACUUCUUUCUAGGUACUUGCCAGAUCUCUGCUGGAGUAUUAUGUUGUGUUCUGAUCAUUUUAUUAUAUGACAGACUAGUUGUGGUUUGGGAGAAAUUAUUCAGCAUGGUGAUGGGAUUUAAAAUCAUGUCUCAUGCAGGAGAGUAGUUCUAGACUUAAAGAAAAUUCUUAAAGAGGAAAGCUCUAUCCUUAGAUAUUUGUUGUGGUGUGAUACAGGAAAAAAAAACUUAGACUUUAUAAAACAUUACUGUAAGGGGAGGGGGUGGUGGUGGGAUGAAUUGGGAGAUUGGGAUUGACAUAUAUACACUAAUAUGUAUAAAAUAGGUAACUAAUAAGAACCUGCUGUAUAAAAAAUAAAUAAAAUAAAAUUCAAAUAUUAAAAAAAGAUAAAGAAGAAAUUACAAACUGUGUAUUACCCCACCAUUUUGCAUGUCCUUACAUUGCAUUUCCACAUAUUUAUAUAUGUACAUACUGUAUCUUGAAGAUAAAGCUUGGAUCCUACUCUACAAAGUAUAUAUAUAUAUAUAUAUAUAUAUAUGUGUAUAACAGAGUCACUUUGCUGUACAGAAGAAAUUAACACAACAUUGUAAAUCAACUAUACUUCAAUAAAAUUAAAAAAAAAUAAACUCUCACUUUCCUUCCAUGGAAUUUCAUUGAAAACAACCCCUCCCAACUUAAAAACAAACAAACAAAAAUUACUGUAAGAAAGUUGCACUAGUCCCAAACAAAUUCUAAGAAUUGCAGAGAUUGGUUUAAUCUCAGCAUAAAUAUUUUUAGCAGUUGGAGUCUUCCCUUUAUGGGCUGCUUUCAGUGGAAUUGAGUUACCUCCCUAUUGCUAGAGAUCUUCUUUAGAUGGAGACCUCAUGCUUCUAUUUUUGGAACGUUGUAAGGGAAAUGUGGGGUUAGGGAGGUACUUUGGGUGACUUCUAGGGAAAAAAGCCCUUUCAGCUUUAAAUUCCAUGAUUCCUUGCUUGAUAUGGAGUAUGGAUAAAUUACAUAGGUAAUAAAGGGACGUGACUUAGGAAGAGCUCGUUCUUGGAGGGAAGUAUCAGAGAUGCCACUUCCAAGGAGAUGAACGUUGAACCAGUUUUAUAGAAAAUGACUGGGCAAAAUUGGUGCAAUAGAAGAAUAAUUUUAUUUAUAACUAUUGGAUUUUCCUGUGUGAAGAGAGUAAUCUGCCAGUGAAGAAUGCCCUUGGUGACUUCAAAGGCAAGUUUUAUGUAUACCUUAUAUAUCAUGUAUAUGUGUG